CCAUGAUCCGAACCAACGGUAACCGGCAGCAAUGUUUUAAUCGUUCGAAUUGACUUUCCAUGAACUAAUAGCGGCAAACGGUUGGCAGUCGGGGGUAAUGCACAUUUCCAACAAGAUGCAGCAGCACUUCAUAUGCGUCGCGCGUGGUCAGCUGACGGAAUGGUGGUGCAACGCCAAGAUGGUAAGGAGUGGGGCAACACAGCGAACCGGUCCGCGAACUAGUUGAAGUCGAUUGUUUGGCUAUAAUAAUGCUUUUAUUUUCCUCGGCUCAUCUUCUGAGAAUUGGAGCAGUUUGCAACAAAGUGGCUGCGUAUCUGUCUCUCCGUGCUGCGUACAAUUGUCCGCUUUUUGGUCUUGGUGAUUAAAUCGCUAUGCUUCUAGUUCCUAUGGAAUGGACAAACACAAGAUUGAGCAGCGUUUUUUUUUUCAAAUGACUACAAUUUUUGGUCUAAUUAAGCAUAUUAUUGGCUGAAAGUGUCGCAAUUAUAUGGCUGUACACUGGCAGGCACUAGGAGGUCAUACGAGUCUUGAAGAAACUCUAUUUCCACAGCACUCGCCAAAAACCGACACAUAAAUUUGAGGAGUGAUGCAGAAGUUGAAAAAGCAAAAUGCCGCGACGAUCUACGCAGGUACGCGCAACGAAUACGCUUGAAGAUCGUAUCUCAGUUCGCGUAUUGAUAUGUUGCACCGAAAUGCGCGGAUAAGCGAUGUAAAGGAACUCACAACAAUCCGGGAAUGGUAUGGGUGUGUGUAUUAUGUUUCUUCCUUAUUUUCCCCUGUCUGUCCGCGGCAGAGUUCUCCACCAGUUCUUUUAAGAAGCACGCGCGCAAGCGCAACACGUGAAUGCUCCGAUGCGUAACUUGAUCCACGCUGGACCCACCACGCACCCGACUGCACACCAGGAAAACCUGGUGAGAUAUGUGCAGCAAUGAUUCAAAACCAGAUAUUAGAACACACACCUUGCAUCUCCGACCACCGUCCAAACCAGAAACGGGAUUUAUAGGGGCUAACUUUGGUGAAGAUGCGCGUACAUCUUCCUUGCCUGCUUGCCUCCCGGUGUCCCCACCACGAAAUACCGUCUCCAGUUGAUGCGUUGGUGGUCACGGAACACUAAGAGAUGGGUGAGCGUGAGCGAGAAAGUUUCAUCUCAAGAAGUUGUUGCGGCGCAGAUCUAUAGUUGGUGCCUCUGGCCCUAACCCAUUCACGCUCUAGUUCGCUCCGGUGUACAACGCGUAGUACGGCCAGGUCCUCUAUCUAGCUCUGGUUUUGCUCAGUUGCAAGUGAUCAGGCUCCAGUGAUCGACUGGACCGGGUGGCGAUCGCGAUCGCAGGGUGGCGUUAACGUUUUUUCAGUACCGAUUGCGUGCGGAGACAUUAUUGAUAUUGGACUUUCUCUUGAUGUGUUAGGGCAUGAUCGUCAUCAACAUGCUGAUCUACCGAUCGCAAGUGAUCUUUAGCCUGUUGCUGGUGUUUUGGUGUGGUUUGGGAGCUUCCCAGGAAAUGAGCAUCAGUGAGGAGCUGGAAACGUGCAGUUCCCUGGACAGACCGUCACUGGAGCGUGAGUUCGGUGAUAGGGCGGAUGAUUUUUUCGGUAAAAUUACCGUCCUGUAUAAUGUUGCACCGCCGAAACCGGUGCAAACGCCACGCGUGUUUGCGGAUCGUGAUCCGAUUUUCUACAACAAGAUUGACUAUCGCGAGCAGAUUAAGUACUAUCAUAACCUUUACCAGAUGUUCCAAAGCCAGGCGGAGUACCGAGAUGAGGUACGGUUUUUGCUGAGUGCUUCACUGCAUCGCGUACGGUACGAGCUGGAAAAUUACAACUUUGCCAACUUCUUCAGUACCGUUCAAUCGCUGGCAGGCGAGUACAAUCUUACCGUUUACCCGAACCGUCUGACCGCGAACCGGACGUUUGCGCUAUUCGGCCUGCGGGAGUUCCAGGUGUACGUCAUCGAUCGUUGCUCACGCGUGUCGUACAUAAUACAGCCACCCUGGAGCUUGAUACAGUACGCGUACGUGAAGGCGGCCGUUCUAUCCACAUUCUACGAUCGACCGUGUGGUAAAUGUGAGCUGGAAAAUUUCCUAAACUCAACAUUGGCGGAUAAUGAGAAAGUUUCACAAACCGUGGAAGAAAGUUCGUUGAACGAUACCAAACCCUACGAAGAUGCGUCCGAUGAGUUUGCCAACCAGGGAGAGGACGAGGAGGAUAACGACAGUGUAAGACCGUACAGUGAGGAAGAGGACGAUGAAGGUGAUUCCGGUGGAGAUAGGCCUGGAAGUUAUAAUAACAAUGUAGAUCCAUUUCCCGACCUUAACGUCACCGGACCGGAACUAGAACUACCACUACGUAUCAUACUUCCGGUACUGCAUGUUCACGUGCCGCCUGAAAAUGAUACAGCGACAGAACAAAAGCUUCAUCCGUACCUGGUGUUACACUCUAAUAACACCGAAAAUCACGUGCUUCAUCCGUUCCUGGUUCCAACGCAGUCUGAGGUGACGCUCCAAGAAUUACCGCUACCAGUAGCGUUGAAUUCAACACCGGCCGUCCCUGUCACGGUUAAUGAAGGUCAAGAAAGCGCGCAAAAUGAUACAAUACGAGUCGGUGGCACAGAUUGGUCGAAAGGAGAGUUGAGUGCGAUACUUAACGCCAGUUCGGUACUGUACGAUCCUGAUCAGCAGCGCGUAUAUGAGCGUUUGCAACGGUACAAUCUAACCGAUCGCGUACAGUACGACGAGGUGGCCGAGAUAUCCGUAUCCAAUCGGUUCGAGGCAUGGAACCGACGUCGUACGCCUCCGAAAGUGGAUCCUUCCCGUAACAAUAAGCGAUCGCAGAUAAAGAAACAUUACGCCCGGUUGAUCCCGUGGCUUAACUGGACGUUUGGUAGGGCUAUACCGCCGGCAGGUGGGAUGAGAGCAAACGUUUCCGGAAGCGCGAAUUAAGCGUUGUAACUUAAUAUUUAGUUAGUGAUUGUACAUAAUUGCUCUUAAGGUAUCUAGUUGUAAUGCCUUUGAUGUAGGAAAUAUAUGAAAUGUUUAAACAAAA